AUGCCGUUUAAACUCCCCGAUACUGCUAAGCCUUUCACCCUCUGCGUCUCCGAAGAAGAGUAUUCCCAACUUCGGGAGCUUCUGAGGCUCUCCCGCAUAGGGCCGAAGACCUGGGAAAAUCAGCAUCAGGAUGGACGCUACGGUAUCCCGCAUCAGUGGCUUACCUCAACCAAGGAUUAUUGGCUGAACAAGUUUGAUUGGCGGCGCCAAGAAGCCAGGAUCAACUCACUCCCCAAUUACAAGAUUAGCAUCCAGGAUGACGGCGGUAAAGGGGACAUCGAUCUUCACUUCAUCGGUAUGUUCUCGCAACGGGAUGAUGCCAUCCCUAUCGUGCUGCUCCAUGGUUGGCCAGGUAGCUUUCUAGAGUUUAUACCUGUGUUGGAGCUUCUCCACAAAAAGUAUGACUCCUCCUCAUUGCCUUAUCAUGUUAUUGUUCCUUCGCUUCCAGGCUAUAUGCUUAGCUCAGGGCCAAGUCAAGCCGAAGAAUGGAACAGCAAGGAUGCAGCAAGAUUGAUCAAUAAAGCAGUUACAUCCCUCGGUUUCAUCCGUUAUGCUGUACAAGGAGGUGAUGUUGGAUCUUUGAUUGCUGCGACACUCGCUGCUACGUAUGACUCGGUUGCAGCUAUCCAUCUUAAUCUGCUUCCAAGCCUUGACAGGGUCACCGUUGAUGACCCAUCGCUCUCCGCUACAGACAAAUCAGCCAUCAAGCGCGCAGAAGAGCGAUUUCUCACCCCAACAACAGGAGCCGCUUUGUUGCAAAGCACAAGGCCAGCCACGAUUGGAGCAAUGGUUUCCUCCAGUCCCAUGGCCCUCCUGUCGUGGAUUGGUGAGAAAUUUCUUGAAUGGCCCGAUGAUCCUAUUGAUAUCGAUGAGAUUUUGACAAACGUCUCGCUCUAUUGGUUUACCGACACUAUGCCACGAUGUACCUAUACCUACCGUGGGACCUUCAUUAAUGAUCAUCAAUAUUCUUUUCCAUUCUUUAAACAACCAUUCGGCUUCUCUUGGUUCUUGCGAGAGCUAGUUCCUACUCCAAAAGAAUUAGCCAAGCAAAAAGGGAACCUUGUCUUUUAUCAACAGCAUGAAAAGGGAGGGCACUUUGCAGCCUUAGAGAGACCUGUUGAAUUUCUUCAAGAUAUUGAAGAUUUUUUAUUCGUUACCUGGCCUAAAAAUAAUUAA